CCAAGUCUUGUUCUAAGUUUCAUGUUCCAUGCCUCAGUUCGAGUUCUCGUUUAGACCUUGGUUCCCGUUUUCUUGUACGCUGACUGUCGUUGCCAAUAAAGACUUCGAUCCUGCACUUACUUCCUGUCCGUAGUCUCGACACGUAACAGAUAUGAAGAUGUUGGAAAAGUUACAGCUUUACUUCUGACCGUUGUACAGCUCUGACACUGGAGACUCCAGAAAUGAAUCAAUGUUGCAUACACAUCUCCUUACAGAAAACUUCUCCAUAUCAGCAAAGUUCAUGUGGAGCAUCAAGUACUCGUGAAGGACCUGUGGAUGAGCUGUUCUGUUAGAACAAGUGCAUUAAUACAAACCCGUGCCUUAAAGCUGCACUACUGACUAAUCACAACUUCUUUUUUUUUCUUCCAGUAUCGCUUUUAUAAUAAACCAUUUUUAGCCCGCUUCACUUACUGUCCGUGCUGAUAUCUCUGAAACGACACAAGCCCCUAUACAACAAAAAUAAACUCACCACCGUUAGCACCACCCUCCUGCCUCAGGAUCACAGAGCAGGUGAGGAACACACCCAGGGAUUUUUUUUUUUAUAGGAUCGGAUAGGUGAUAAAAGCACGACACUUUGCAUUCUCGGGCAGACCGAUGUUUUUACUCGGAAUACUCUGACAUUUAAAGCGUUUCCUGCUAAAAACGAAUUCAGGGAGCCCGAUGGAAAUCAGACGGGAUAUGAACGAACUCCUGAGCUGGAGCAAGCAGGACGAAGAUCCUUUCGAAAACACGGAACAGGCUGACGGAGGCUGCGGCACCAACGACUUCAGCGGCGUCCACGGUAAAGAUCUCCUUCCUGCAGAGAAUGGCGAGGAGUUAACCAAACACUUCCUGCAGGAGCUGCUGAACAUCCUGCUGGCGUACAUCAGCAAGUCUAUGAACCGCAGCUCCAAAGUGCUGGACUUCCACCAUCCGCACCAGUUGAAGGAAGGACUGGAGGGCUUCAGCCUGGAGCUGCCCGAGCAACCGGACAACCUCGAGCAGCUGCUGGUGGACUGUAGGAACACUCUGAAAUAUGGAGUUAAAACAGGUCACCCACGAUUCCUCAACCAGCUCUCAAGUGGACUGGACAUCAUUGGACUGGCAGGUGAAUGGCUCACAUCGACUGCGAACACAAACAUCUUCACCUAUGAGGUUGCUCCAGUGUUUAUCCUUAUGGAGGAAGUCCUUCUGAAGAAAAUGGAGUCCAUCAUCGGCUGGUCUGAAGAGGAAGGAGACGGAAUCUUCUGCCCGGGUGGUACAAUAUCAAAUCUCUACAGCAUCCUGCUGGCCAGGUAUCACUACUUCCCACGAGUGAAGGCUGAGGGCAUGCAGGCACUACCUCGCCUUGCCCUGUUCACCUCCACCCAUAGCCAUUAUUCGAUCAAGAAGUCUGCAGCGGUUCUCGGGAUCGGCACUGACAACGUCAUCGCCGUGAAGUGUGACGAAAGGGGCAAAAUGAUUCCAGCUGAACUAGAAUCCAGCAUCAUGGCAGCAAAGGCCAAGGGUCUGGAACCGUUCUACGUGAACGCCACGGCAGGAACCACGGUCUACGGCGCCUUCGAUCCUUUCACGGACAUCGCAAACAUCUGUGAAAAACGUGGCCUGUGGAUGCAUGUCGAUGCUGCUUGGGGAGGCGGAUUACUGCUGUCCAAGAAGCACAAGGUCAAACUGCAGGGCAUUGAGAAGGCUUCUUCCGUCACAUGGAAUCCCCACAAGAUGAUGGGCGCCCCGUUGCAGUGUUCCGCCAUUCUGGUGCGACAGAAGGGUCUGUUGGAGGCGUGCAAUAAGCAAUGCGCCGAGUAUCUCUUCCAACCCGACAAGCAGUACGACAUGUCUUACGACACGGGAGACAAGACCAUCCAGUGUGGGAGGCACGUCGACAUCUUUAAGCUCUGGCUCAUGUGGAAGGCUAAGGGAUCAGAAGGUUUCGAAUCGCAGAUCAACCACUGCCUGGAGAAUGCCGAGUAUCUUUACUACAAGCUGAAGAGCAGAAAAGAUUUUCAGCUGGUCUUCCAAAGCAAACCCGAACACAGUAACGUGUGCUUCUGGUACCUGCCGAGCCGAGUGAGGAACAUGUCCCCAGGUCCUGACAGAGACAGAGAACUUCAUACGAUCAUUCCAAAGAUCAAAGCCAAGCUGAUGGAGAAGGGCGUGGUCAUGAUCGGCUACCAGCCUCUCGGACAGAAGCCCAACUUCUUCCGCUGCGUCUUCUCCAACCCGGCCACGCAGAAGCAGGACGUGGACUUCCUGCUGGACGAAAUCGCGUGCCUCGGAGCCGAGCUUUAAGAGCGAAGGAGUCUGCGUCUCGCGUCUCUGUUUAUGGACUUAGAACGGAUUCAUAUUAUUCUCGGGGGUGUAAUCUAAUUAAGACGUUUUCGUCUGUAGUGCGGUGCAGCGUCUUAAAACUAAUUUGCAUGAUUUGUCUCGCUUUCCGUCGUUCGUUUCUGGGAAUGUUAGCAUAUUCGGUACGAGAUAUAUACGUGGGAUACAAUUAAGAACGCACAAUUCGUUUUAGUUGUGGACGUGGAGUUUUUAAGUAUGCAUCAUACAGUUGUAAGGAAGGCUGAAAUUGUCUCGAUUUCUGCUCCUAAAAUGUGAUCUGAAUUUCGUUCCAAAUGCUAGAAGGAACGACUAGCUCGUGUUAGACACUUUAAGGCACAGUAGUCACUUUAAGGCAAGCCUCAGAUGCUAGAGCACGUGAAUAGGCGUUGUAGCAUGACACCCUGAUAGUUGGUGACUCAGCGCUCCAUAUGUGUCCGUUUAAACCCUGAGAAAUGUCUGAGAGCGACGCCUCGGUUUACCGAGACAAUAUUUCACUAGUUAUGUAAUAACCUGAAGCCUAGAGUUAUCCGCGACAUAGCUCGAGGUCAUAAGGCUUUCGGGGUCCCUGUGUGCACUUUCAGGAUGUAGAGCACUGUGCAUUGGAAUAAAAUCCUGAUUAACUCAUUAGCUGUUAAAACUUAUGUUACGUUAGCGUAAAGUUUCCUUGUAUGUGUGUGCAGGCUCUUGUUAAGGUUCUCUUUAAAAGUUCUGGGUUCUCUUACAGGAGGACGAUAACCACGACUGUUUUUCCACGCACGUCAAGUUGCGAUCAAAAAUACGACGUUUAUAUGCGUGCGAGAAUUCCCGUAUACGCGGUUGUCGUGAGUGCUGCCGUUCCUAAAUACCUAGCCUACAGAUGAGCGCUAAGCAUCUGUUAGCACCCACAAUUCUUUACGGCCCGAGCGUGCGCAUAUAUCUUUUGAGCGGAUUUUCCGAAUAAGGUCUUUACAUGCAACAAAUUUCCGAUUACAACAGGCAUAUUCCAGAGGUGGGAAUCAGAAAUUGGGGAAUCUACUUGCGAGUCGAUAUUGAUUAGCAUGUGGCCAAAUUUAGAAUAAUAUCAGAAUGUCGAUGCGCGUGUGAACGUAGUCGUUGUGAGUUGUGUUUGGCAAUGCUGCCGAAAAUCGGAUUCGUCGCAGUGACAUGUACGGUGAAUGUUCAGUGAUACGUGCGCAUUUUACCUCGUCACCUGGUGACGCUCAGGUAGCAAACAUGCCUUCAGUAAAAAAUAGUUUUUAAAAAAAAAAUUACAUUAAAAAAAAAACUAUGUACAGUGGAUAUAAAAAAGUCUGCACACCCCUGUUAAAAUGUUAAAGUUAAAUCAUGUCAGAACCUUUUUCACCUUUAUUGUAAAAUUGCAUCAUAUAAUAAAUAUCAAGUGACCAACACCCAGAAUUUUUUUUUUUUUUUUGUGUGGGGGGGGGACAAAAAACUCCCAAUCCCCAGCCUGCGUAAGUCUGCACACCCUUUUAUAAUUGGGAAUGUAGCAGUGUUCCGAAUCAAUCCAUCACAUUCAAACUCAUGUUCAAUACUAAUUAGUGUACACUUGCCAUCAAUUAACGUGACUGAUUAACCCCCAAAUAAAGUCCAGCUGUUCCUAUAGGAUUCUCCUGACAUCUUCUUGGAACUGGAAAAGCCACGGGCCACAAAGAGCUUACAAAGCAGGUACGGGCUCUCGAUGUUGAAAAAUAUCAAUCGGGAGAGGGUUAGAAAACACUUCCAAGGCACCGGAUAUACCAUGGAACGCCGUAAAGACAAUCAUCAACAAGUGGAGAAAACAUGGCACGACAGUGACACCGCUAAGAGCAGGGCGUCCCUCUAAAACUGAUGAGAAGAUCGGGAGAAACCGGUCAGGGAGGAUGCAGAGAGGCCUACGGCAACGUUAAAAGAGUCUGGAAAGUACUGGUUGUUCCCUACAUGUCAAAACAAGCUCCUGAUUUUUCAUAUCUCUGGGCUAUGGGGUAUGUGGGCAAGAUGGAAGCAAAAAAUGUCAUGAAAAAUACACCGAAAAUCUCCCAAAACUAUGUGGAAUAACUUUUUGGCCAUAAUACCAAAAGAUAUGUUUGGCACAAAAAAAAAAACCCCAGCACAUCCCUAAAAGAACCCCGUCCCUAUGGGGAAGCCCGGUGGUGGCAGCAUCGUGCUCUGUUUACUCUGGGCUGUUAUUCUUCAGCUGGAUCUCGGGCUUUAUUCAGGCUGGACGGAAUCAUGAACAGCUCCAAAUACCGGUCAAGUUUGGCGCAAAACCUUAUUAUUUAUUUCACAAUAAAGGUAGAAAAGGUUCCGACGCGAUCGUGUAUCCUGGUUUCCUUUUUUUUUUUUUUUUUUUUACAUCACAAAAACCUGCCAUUUUAUCAGGGGUGUGUAGACUUUUUAUAUCCACUGUAAGUUCUACCACGUGACAAAGGAUGCUGGAUCUGUUUAUUUUUCUCUGUAGAGACUCAUCUGGCACAGAAACUGGAUUUCGCUUACAGUCUUAGGCCUGGAAAUGGGAUGAGAUGAUGAAGUUAAAAAUGCUAUUUAAAAAAAAAAAAAAGUUUUCUUUCGUAUAUGAUGGUUACAGAUUAAUCGUAGAAUAUCACCAAAGAUGUGAGAAUUUAUUUGUUUAUUUAUUUAUUUUAGAUUUCCAGGUUGUCUUUAAAAUCCCUAGAAUUCUUUUCAUCGCUAUUUUUCUGUUGACCGUGACUUCUAACGAGUUGACGCUCAUCUCUUGUAUAUUAGAGUGAGGGACACGCCCGUUAAGUGAACCAUUAGAACGGCGACAUGCUUACAAAGAGUGUAAUUCGACACAUGUUCCGGUUAGUUCAGGUGUGGGUUUGACAUGCCCUGUGAUGUAAAAACAAACAAUAGUGGUCAGCUGCUCUUUACCAUGGGCUUCUAUUCCAGCGCACGAUGGUGCGUUGAAUAACGCGGAACAAAACGCUCAUAGAACAGGAAAUGGUGGCAGAGUGACUUCUACAGACCACAAGCAGGCACAAUUACACAGAAAAUGUCUGGUAAAAGUUUAUUCGUGAACGAAAUUCAGAACCUUUAAGUUCUCCUUAGGAGUGAGUGACUUCGAAAUGUCUUUAUUUAUUAUUAGCGCGUAGCACAAGAUCAGAUCACAUUUUGUGAGCAAGCUCUUUUAAGGUUGUCUACUUUGGUCGUCCGUCAAAGAGCUCGACUAGAAAAAAAAAAAAUUCCAAGUAGGACUCUUUUCUGGAACUGAAGAAGCCGUAAUUAUCCAGUGAACCCUUGAAGAACCCUUUUUUGUGUAGGUAGUUAAGUGUGUGGUACAUUCUCUAAAUUAUUGGAAAUUGUUUUCAUCUUAAUACCUAAAACCUGUCAUUUAUAAUUUAGCUAUAUUGGUAUACGCUUAGGUUCUUUAAGGAGCCAUCGGAUAAUUGAGGGUCUUGACAAGGAAAUACUCUGUUGUAGGGUUGACCAAUGAACCCUUUAAGAACCUUCAAAGAACCUUUUUUUUCUAAGUUUACCAAUACCAAGAUAGCUAAAGUUUUAAAUGACAGGUUCUAGAUAUUACAAGGAAAAUAAUUAAGGGUUUUGGACAACAAAGGUUAAGGACCCUUAACUAUCCACUGAGCCCUUAAAGAACCCUUAAUUAUCCAGUGAACCCUUAAAGAGCCCUUAAUUAUUCACCAAACCCUUAAAGAACCCUUAAUUAUCCAGUGAACCCUUAAUUAUUCACCAAACCCUUAAAGAACCCUUAAUUAUCCAGUGAACCCUUAAUUAUUCACCAAACCCUUAAAGAACCCUUAAUUAUCCAGUGAACCCUUAAAGAGCCCUUAAUUAUCCAGUGAACCCUUAAAGAGCCCUUAAUUAUCCAGUGAACCCUUAAAGAACCUUUAAUUAUCCAGUGAACCCUUAAAGAGCCCUUAAUUAUCCAGUGAACCCUUAAAGAACCCUUAAUUAUCCAGUGAACCCUUAAAGAACCCUUAAUUAUCCAGUGAACCCUUAAUUAUUCACCAAACCCUUAAAGAACCCUUAAUUAUCCAGUGAACCCUUAAAGAGCCCUUAAUUAUCCAGUGAACCCUUAAUUAUUCACCAAACCCUUAAAGAACCCUUAAUUAUCCAGUGAACCCUUAAAGAGCCCUUAAUUAUCCAGUGAACCCUUAAAGAGCCCUUAAUUAUCCAGUGAACCCUUAAAGAACCUUUAAUUAUCCAGUGAACCCUUAAAGAGCCCUUAAUUAUCCAGUGAACCCUUAAAGAACCUUUAAUUAUCCAGUGAACCCUUAAAGAGCCCUUAAUUAUCCAGUGAACCCUUAAAGAACCCUUAAUUAUCCAGUGAACCCUUAAAGAGCCUUUAAUUAUCCAGUGAACCCUUAAAGAACCUUUAAUUAUCCAGUGAACCCUUAAAGAACCCUUAAUUAUCCAGUGAACCCUUAAUUAUUCACCAAACCCUUAAAGAACCCUUAAUUAUCCAGUGAACUAAAAAUUAUCCAUUGAAUUAAAAAGGGUUUUUUAAGUGUUUUUUAAGGGUUCAUUGGAUAAUCAAGGGUUCUUUAAGGGUUCUGACAGGGAAGCACUCUGUUGAAGGUUACACCGGGUAUACAGAUUUGAUAUGAUAUGGCUUGGUAAAGGUCUCGUAAUUUAUUUUAUUAACAUUUAGAAUUGUUUACUACAUGUACUAUUUAUACUUUGUAGUGUUUUAAUGUGUUUUAUUUUGUUUAAUGGUGUACUUUGGGAAUAUUCAUGUAGAAGGUCAUGGAAACAUCUGAGCUAUUAAAGUUCCUUAAGGAAGCGUCGGCCAUGA